GGCAGGGCGGAGCGGGUACCAGGCUGCGCCAUUUUGUUAUCGUCAUCGAGACAAGACCGUGGCCUGAGGAAGAGCUGUUGUUGUUGGCUCUGUUGAGAUGGUGAAACUCUUCAUUGGGAAUCUGCCCCGGGAGGCAACGGAGCAAGAGAUCCGAUCGCUCUUUGAGCAGUACGGGAAGGUGCUGGAAUGUGACAUCAUCAAAAACUAUGGCUUUGUGCACAUCGAAGACAAGACAGCGGCCGAAGAUGCCAUCCGUAACCUGCAUCACCACAAGCUGCAUGGUGUCUGCAUCAACGUGGAAGCCAGCAAGAACAAGAGCAAGGCCUCCACCAAGCUGCAUGUGGGCAACAUCAGCACCACCUGCACUAACCUGGAGCUGCGGGCCAAGUUUGAAGAGUAUGGCCCGGUAAUCGAGUGUGACAUAGUGAAGGACUAUGCCUUUGUGCACAUGGAGCGGGCUGAGGAUGCGGUGGAGGCCAUCAGGGGCCUAGACAACACAGAGUUCCAAGGCAAGCGGAUGCGCGUGCAGUUGUCCACCAGUCGGCUUCGGACGAUACCUGGGAUGGGAGACAAGAGCGGCUGCUAUCGGUGCGGGAAAGAAGGGCACUGGUCUAAAGAGUGUCCGGUAGAUCGCACGGGGCAAGUGCCUGACUUUACCGAAACCUAUAAUGAGCAGUACGGAGCGGUGCGCACUCCCUACCCCGCGGGCUAUGGGGAGACCAUGUAUUACGAUGAUGGGUAUGGAGCAAUGGUCGACUACUACAAAAGAUAUCGCGUGAGGCCCUAUGCUACGGCAUCUGCAUACGACGCCUAUGCAGAGCAAACAAUGGCCCAGUAUUCACAGUAUGCGCAAUACUCCCAAGUACAAACCACAGCCAUGGCCGCCACCACAGCCAUGGCCGCCACCACAGCCAUGGCCAAUCGCCUCACUACUACCCUAGACCCUUAUGAUAGAGCGCUGCUGCCAACCCCGGGAGCAGCAGCAGCAGCAGUAGCUGCAGCUGCAACUGCCGCUGCAGCAGCCGCAUCCUCCACCUAUUACACCCGGGAUAGAAGCCCCCUGCGUCGCACGGCAACCGCGGCCACCACCGUCGGAGAGGCGUACGGUUAUGAACGUUGUCAGCUGUCUCCAGUCUCGUCGGUCGCUCGGGCCUCCCUCUACGACGUUCAGCGGUUCGAGCGGGAGUCGUAUGCGGACAGGGCGCGGUACUCUGCGUUUUGAGUCGGAGGUAGCGUAUUCUCGGGCGGACCCUCGGGCUCCCAUUACACGGGAAAGUUUGUCCUACUUCCCCCACCGUCCCGCUGCCUGCGACGGGUAUUGGCUGCCUCUAGUGUGUUUAUUUUUAAUGGAGGUUCUUGUGUUUCAGUAAAGUUGUGACCCGCUGUA